AACAAAUUUAUUAUAACUCCUAGUAAGUAGUAUUUAAUUAUUAUGUUUUUUAAACAGUCGGCGCCCGACGGGAAUGUAUCAUAAGAAAAGUGAAGGACGCGGACACAGUCUGUGUCUGUAACCAAACAUAUUGUGAUGACUUCCCGGCCCUCAAGCGCCCAAAGAGUGGUUUCCUAACGGUUUAUGAGAGCAAUAAAGCCGGAGAAAGGUUUAAGGAAACAGAACUCCAGUUCGGCUCAACCAUCGACUCAACGGCCGACCAAACGGUUGUCGUGACUAUCGAUAAGACACAGAAAUAUCAGACAAUCUUCGGAUUCGGCGCCGCCUUUACGGACAGUACGGGACAAAUGCUGUCGUCUGUCAACCAAUCGUUGGCUGAUCUGCUGAUUGAUAGCUACUUCUCAGACAAUGGCAUCGAGUACUCAAUGGCCAGAAUACCCAUCGCUGGCACAGACUUCUCGGACAGACCCUACUCUUACGAUGACGUCGACGGGGAUUUAGAGCUCAAACAUUUUGCACUUCAAAAGGAGGACUUGGAGUGGAAAAUCCCAUACAUUCAAAGAGCACUGAAAGUAAGUCCGCAUAAAAUAAAACUCUUCGGCAGCCCCUGGAGUCCCCCCUCUUGGAUGAAGACUAACCACAAGUUCAACGAGAGUGGAUUCAUAAGGGGUGACAUCGGCGGCGAGUACUACCAGUCGUGGGCCAACUAUUUCGUGAAAUUUCUGGACGCAUACAAAUCGCAUGACAUAAACCUAUGGGGGGUUACCGUCGAGAAUGAGCCGCUAGCGGGGCUGAACCCUAAUUACUCGUUCAACUGCCUGAACCUAACCGGCCCUACGGAACGGGAUUUCGUGAAACUCAAUUUGGGUCCGACCCUCGCGAAGGCCGGGUAUGGUAGAGACAAACUGCAACUCAUGAUAUACGAUGACAACACCAACACUUUAAAAGACUACGUGAAGCCUAUUAUGGGGGACAAGGAGGCAGCAAAGUACGUGUCCGGCAUAGCCUAUCACUGGUACGGCAAUACACCGAUGGGAGGCUUUCCCGACCAAUUCCUCACCGAAGUCCACAAAAACUAUUCCGAGGUAUUCCUACUAAACACAGAGGCCUGUCAUCUGGACGGCCCUGAGCUCGGGCGCUGGGAUUACGCCGAGAGAUACGCCUACGAUAUCAUUAGGGCUUUGAAUAAUUACGUGAGGGGUUGGGUGGAGUGGAAUAUGGCACUGGACAUGGAUGCGGGACCAAGGUGGAAUGAGAAAAAGGGCUACGGGGGUACUUUGAAUAUAGACCCGGCUAAAGGGGAGGCCUACAAACAGCCCUCGUUUUACACGAUCGGACACUUCAGUAAGUUUUUGUCACCCGAUUCCGUGCGCAUCGGAUAUACUGUCGACAAAACGAUUGCCAACUUCUCGGCGGUUGUCGUCCAGAGACCCGACAAUCAAACGGUUUUGGUGGCACUCAAUGCCCGCGCCGACGAUAUUGUGCUCACUAUCCAAGAGUCCAGUCGUAAGGUCUCGCAUCCAUGUCCAGUGCCAUAUUCCACUCCACCCAACCCCUCACUUGUCGUCCAGAGACCCGACAAUCAAACGGUUUUGGUGGCACUCAAUGCCCGCGCCGACGAUAUUGUGCUCACUAUCCAAGAGUCCAGUCGUAAGGUCUCGCAUACAAUACCCGCACAUUCUGUUCAGUCGUAUAUUUGGUGA